CGCGACGACAGGCGGGCAGGCCGGUUGCUAGGACUUGGCGAAGCGGAGCGUUCGGGCGGGUGUCCCUCUGAGCUAAAUGGAUGUUUGGACUCUGCACACCAAGUGUUAGUGGGACAUGAGCAAGAUUUUGACUGGUGAUGUGCAGACUCUGGCCUGGAGCUCUCUGAAUGAGCCUCCAAAUUCAGCAUGCUCAAUCUCAUAGAGCCUCCAGGAACUGACUCCUCUAGCUCACCCAGACUUGCCAAAGCUCAUGGACAGUGCUCUGCUCCAAUCUCUGUCUCCACAGUUGGAGCCUUGUUGAGGAUGGAACCUGCCCUGGGCCUCACACAACUGCAUGACCAUGAGAAGACUGGUCACUUGGAGCCAGAGCUAGUAUCUUGGCAAGCCCUCCCAGUCCUGUCUGAGCAGCAGUCCCGGGACGUGGAGCUGGUGCUGGCCUAUGCUGCACCUAUUCUUGACAAACGCCAGACCUCACGCCUCCUCAAGGAGAUAUCAGCCGUCUACCCACUGCUUGCCCAGCCGCACCUCAAACGGGUGCGGCCCAGCCGGGAUGCUUGUGGCCCUCAUACCUUGGAGAUGUUGCUGUGCCUGGCAGGGCCAGCUGCGGGCACACGCUCACUGGCUGAGCUCCUCCCGAGGCCGGCUGUGGACCCUCAGGGCUUGGGGCCACCCUUCCUGGUGCCUGUACCUGCCCGGCCACCCUUGACUAGGGAUCAGUUUGAGGAAGCUAGGAUCCACUGGCCCACAUCCUUCCAUGAGGACAAGCAAGUGACCAGUGCCCUGGCUGGACAGCUCUUCUCAGCACAGGAGCGGGCUGCAAUGCAGAGGCACAUGGAACGGGCCAUACAAGCUGCACAGCGGGCAUUGGCUGGAGGCCUGCAAGCUGUGGGUGCUGUUGUGGUGGACCCAGCCUCAGACAGAGUGCUAGCCACAGGCCACGACUGCAGCCAUGCAGCAAGCCCCCUUCUGCAUGCUGUCAUGGUAUGCAUCGAUCUUGUGGCCCAGGGCCAGGGCCGUGGUACCUAUGACUUCAAGCCCUACCCAGCCUGCUCCUUCACCCCUGUAACCAGCACCCCUAAGGGCCCCCAAGUAGGCUGUGUACGCAAGCUGGAUGAGGACAAGGAUGAGGAUGGCCUUCCCUACGUGUGCACUGGCUACGAUCUCUAUGUUACCCGGGAGCCCUGCACCAUGUGUGCCAUGGCCCUUGUGCAUUCCCGCAUCCAGCGGGUUUUCUAUGGGGCUCCCUCACCUGACGGUGCCUUGGGUACUCGCUUCCGUAUCCAUGCCCAACCUGACCUCAACCACCGCUUCCAGGUAUUCCGAGGUGUCCUCGAAGACCAGUGCAGCAGGCUGGACCCUGACAAGUAGGCUUGGUGCCCAUGUGCUUCCACAACUUGCUCUGCUGCUGGCCAGUCUCAACCAUCAUCUGGGAUUCCAGGGCUUCAUCCCAUCUCCAUUUGAAAUGCUUACUGCCACAACACUUCUGCUAGCCCUGGGACUCAGUUCUGUUCUCUGUUUCAGUUUCUGUGGUCCUUCAUGACUGUGUCAGGAAACAGCAAUGGCAUAUGAAAAUAAACUACCCCCAAACCAAACUUCUGUCUGGAUAGAGGUGCCUGUCACAGCAGCUGGGGUACUGGGGCUGGAACAGAAAGGAGACCCACUGAGCAGAUUGUGUCAAUGGUAUAGGGUGUGUCCAGAGGCAGAGGAGGCCCAGGUGGCACUUCUGCAUGCCUGCAGUCUAGAACGUGUGUUUGGAUACAGGUCAGUCUGGGGAUGUCUUACCCAGAGGCUUCUUCAGGGUCAUUUCAUUCACUGUCUUUCAUAAGUUGCAAGUGGGGACCCCAGAAGGGGUCAGCACAAGUUUGUAGGACAGAAGGCUGGAGCUGCUGUUUGUUGGGGACUCAGAGCAGAUGCCUGAUGCCUGGCUACUUGGUGGUGCUGGAGCCCC